AUGAACCGCUAUCCGCCCAGCGGACUCUCCAUUCUCAUCGUGGGUGGUGGAAUCGGUGGUCUGACGUUUGCCAUCGAGGCGUAUCGCAAGGGUCAUGAGGUCCGGGUUCUGGAGAAACGGCCAGGUUUUGAAGGUUAUGGGGAUCUACUCUUGAUAGAAUGCAAUGCCCUACAUACCGUCAAGAAAUGGCCUGGUUUCUUCGAGAGAUUGGAGGCCAUAUCUUACAAAACCCAGCGAAACGUGAAGAAGUUCGACGGAACUUGGAUUGGGAGCUGGCCUAUUGGUGAUGGAGAAAAUAAAUCUGCAGCCAUUAACCGUUCCGAGCUUCAUGGUCUGCUUUGGGACUAUGUGCAGGAACUGGGGAUCAAAGUGGACUUCGAUAUAGCGGUGGAUGGAUACUUCGAGAGUGACACGCAUGGAGGCGUCGUUCUACAGGGCGGACAGAAGCUCACGGCAGAUAUCGUUGUCGCGGCUGAUGGUGUUGGAUCGAAGUCAUGGCCUUUGGUCCUGGGGCAAAAGGACAAGCCCAUCAGCUCGGGCUUUGCCUGCUAUAGGGCGACUUUCCCGGCGGGUCCAGCCCUGGAGAAUCCAAUCAUUGCAAAGGAGUUCGAGGGCCAUGUGGAUCGUGCUUCGCUGCACAUCGGUCCUGGAGCACAUAUGGUGGUCGGCAAAACCGAAAGACAGAUAUGCUAUAUAUUGACACAUAGGGACGACCACAAUGCCGAGGAGAAUUGGGAUAAGUUGGUGUCUACCGAUACUGCUCUACAGUGCAUCGCCGGCUGGGAACCCUUCUUAACGGAGCUUGUCAAGGCAACACCAGGUCACCGUUGCACAGACUGGAAGCUGUUGUGGCGCAACCCACAACCCAAGUGGGCUUCGCCUAAUGCUCGUGUUAUCCAGCUUGGAGACGCCGCGCAUUCAUUUCUACCCACUUCGGGGAGCGGAGCGGCAAUGGCCAUGGAGGAUGCGUACUCUCUGGCGACCUGCCUACAGUUAGGCAAGUCCUCAUCCCAGUGCAAGAUAGAAGGCGGCAAUAUGCUUAUGCUACGCAGGUUUGAGCGCGUGUCGUGUGCCCAGAAAAUGGGCUUUCACCACCGAGAAAAGUUCCACAACACAGACUGGGACGAGGUUGCCAGGAAUCCGGAUAUCCUCAGCAAAACUACUGCAAACUGGAUUAUGCGCCACAACCCGGAGCAGUAUGCAUAUGAGAACUACGAUAGCUGUGCUCGUCAUAUUCUGGAAGGCAAAGAUUUCCAGAACACCAAUACCCCGCCGGGCUACAGAUACGAGCCAUGGACUGUCAAGGAGCUUAUGGACGCUUCGGACAGACACGAGCCAGUCGUUGACAGAGGUGACUGGUCUUGA